AAAUCAAGGUUGAAAUCAAUUGAAUUUAUUUGGUUUGCGGAUCUGCUAACUAGUAAUGGAUAAAACACAAGUGAAAAUGGUAUCAUUGACUCACAGUUGUUUCGCCAGUUUGAGAAUGGGCACUAUUAUAGUAGAUACAGUUUUUACCGUUCUGCAUGUUUGUGGCUUGUGUAUUGUUUUUGGAAAAACCACGUGGGAAAAUGAGUGCUACUUUAAAUUCAAUGCGCUAUUGCAAGUUUUUGGUUUAGUUGCAAGCAUAUUCGGACUUUAUGGAACCUUAUUUGAAAACCAAACCUUUAUCAUACCAAUGGUUCUUGUGUUGGUGGUUGAAAUUGUGGCAGUGUUCUUGUUGUCCGUUAAAAUCAUCUUCAAAUUUUGUGAAUCGAAAACAUUUUAUUCAUUGAAUUUCUACCAUUGGGGACAAAGUACAACAAAUAUUGUUUCAAAGGUAGAACACACGGUGAUUGUCCUUCUGCUCUGGGUUUUAUCAUAUAUUCUUUACAAUUUAUGGAAGCAACAAUAUGCACUAUAUGAAUCUAUGACAGAAACCAACAUUAGAAAUUGUAAUCCAGAGAAUGGAACUGAUUUACUGAAGGGAUAUGACUACAAAAAUACCACUGAUUCAAUCGAAAAUAUUUUAUAA